CACACGCGCGGCUCCCAGCGCUCCACGAACGGGAAUAUGGUGGUCGGAGCCGCACGGGGGUCUGACCGAGCUUUCAGCGCUCGUCUCUUCAACAGGUCGGGCAAUUCGGAGGCGAAGUAAAACAACAUAGCGACCGAGGUUUCUCGCUUGUAGGGAACCUGCGAAAGCGGCGGUGGAGGGACGAGCGAAGCGGGGCAGAGCGUUGGGACGCAGAGUUACUACACAUGAGGAAGUCGAGGAGCUGCAAUGCCCAGCUGCUGCGGCGGGACUCCACUGCAUAAUACCUUAUUUUCUUUCUUAAGAUGUUGGGAACUAACGAACACUAGUGUGUGAUGCGCGAGGCACUGCUACCUAAGCUACCGUCUCUUUCCAGUGACUGGCACUUGGUCGUGGUGGUGCUGCCUGGUGGUGGUGGUUGUUGCAACACACAGUUAGUUCGUGACCGUCGACGUCGUUGGUUGUGCUGCUUCUUCUUGGUGACCGAGCUGCUCUGUUGGUUGGUUUAGGGAAACGACUCGAGUCCAGAGUUUGUGUCAGUAGACACACACACACAGUCGCUCUGUCUGUCAGUAUCGGUCAGCGUCAGUCAGUGAGUGAGCUCGCGCUGCUGGGGCGCGCGCGCCGCGGCUUAGGCUCCCUGGACCUCAGGCUCAGUAACUGCGUGUGUGACAUUUGCAUUCGUCCGUCUCGCUGUCCUCAUCAUGAAUGACUGGUUAGUUAAUGACAACACGGACGUUUCGUAAGCAGCUCUAAUAAUGUGAAAAAAAGAGAAAGUAUGUGUGUGUCGGGGGGGGGGGAGGACUGUCGCAGUGUGCCCAGGCAGAUGUCCCCAGCUGCGUGUUCCACUCUCACUCUGUCCGAUGCACGGCUGUGACUUGUGCAGUGAGCGCAUCUGCACUGGCUUCUUCAAAGAGCUCUUAAAGAUUGACUAAAUAAUACUGCCUGCGUCGGAAAAGUGCCUCCUUCCGCCUGCUCCUGCCUGUGUAAAAAAAAAAAAGAAAAAAAAAAAAGGCACAUCGUGAGCUUUCUUCUGUGGCCCCAAGGCUGAGCGACACCGUUAAGCCCUUCCAAGGGUCGUGUCCUAGUUCUUCCACUCUUGGCGUAUUAUAUCAUAUAUGUACGCUGACCGCUGCGUUUCUCUUGAUGAAUAUGUCCCUCAAGUGCCUCUCUUCAGCCGCUGAAAAAGUGCCUUUUGCUUUGAUUCGUACUUCUUUGUGUGUCAGUCAGAGGCGCUGCAUGCAUACUGAUAAAAAUGCUUUUUGUCCAGUAGCCUGACGAAUGUCUCCUGAUUUCUUUCUUAAGGUUUUAGCAAUAUAAAAUCCGAAUUCCAGAAAAGCAUACGUCGCAAUACAGCAUGGGUUUGUUUAUGUCGUAGCCUGAUAUAUCUACUCAUAAGGAACUUGACGCUACCCAGGUGCAUCUGUGUUUUCUACCUCCUGACACACUGCAGUCCACUACACACAGCUUUUCUCUGCUUUCUAUGGGGGAAAAAAACAAAACGGUGCCUUCAACUACACGAGAACAGGUAAUGGAUGGUAAAUAAGUCUUUUUCCCAAGAGACCAGCCCAUUGUCACCUCUGGACAUCACAAACCUUAAAGCGAACACUGACUGGACGACAACGUGCUUUAGUGAUUCUUCUGCUGGGAUUGAGACCUGGCCCACGACUUUUGCCCCAAGCUUCCCCUGUUUUGAGCUGCAAGCCGGCCUCCUGUCUUUAUGGGGCAGCAGCCGGGGAAGUUUGUGGGUGACCAAAGGAGACCGAGCCUGCCGGCGCUGCACUUCAUCAAGGGGGGGAAGAAGGAGUCUCCUCGGCAUGGACCAUCUCACUGCAACGUGUUUGUUGAGCACGAGGCUCUCCAGAAGCCAGAUUUGGAGCCCCAGGGUUUAACGGAAGCAGCACGUUGGAACUCCAAAGAGAACCUGUUGGCAGUGCCCAGUGAAAAUGACCCCAACUUGUUUGUUGCACUGUAUGACUUUGUGGCAAGUGGGGACAACACCCUCAGCAUCACUAAAGGAGAGAAGCUACGGGUCUUGGGCUACAACCACAAUGGGGAAUGGUGCGAGGCGCAAACAAAAAAUGGUCAGGGUUGGGUUCCCAGCAACUAUAUCACUCCAGUCAACAGCCUGGAGAAGCACAGCUGGUAUCAUGGCCCCGUGUCUCGCAGCGCCGCUGAGUACCUGCUCAGCAGCGGCAUCAAUGGCAGCUUCCUGGUGCGCGAGAGCGAGAGCAGCCCUGGCCAGAGAUCCAUCUCGCUGCGCUACGAGGGCAGAGUCUACCACUACCGCAUCAACACAGCCUCCGACGGCAAGCUGUACGUGUCGUCAGAGAGCCGCUUCACAGCGCUGGCUGAGCUGGUGCACCACCACUCAACGGUGGCUGACGGCCUGAUCACCACACUGCACUACCCAGCCCCCAAACGCAAUAAGCCCACUGUGUAUGGAGUCUCGCCCAGCUAUGACAAGUGGGAGAUGGAGCGCACCGACAUCACUAUGAAGCACAAGUUGGGUGGAGGCCAGUAUGGGGAGGUCUAUGAGGGCGUCUGGAAGAAGUACAGCUUAACAGUGGCCGUCAAAACCCUCAAGGAGGAUACCAUGGAGGUGGAAGAAUUCCUGAAGGAGGCAGCAGUCAUGAAGGAGAUCAAGCAUCCUAACUUGGUGCAACUGCUUGGUGUGUGCACACGGGAGCCUCCCUUCUACAUCAUCACAGAGUUCAUGACCCAUGGUAACCUACUGGAUUACCUGCGCGAAUGCAAUCGGGAGGAAGUCAAUGCAGUGGUUCUGCUCUAUAUGGCCACACAGAUCUCUUCUGCCAUGGAGUACCUGGAGAAAAAGAACUUCAUCCACAGGGACCUGGCUGCCCGUAACUGUUUGGUUGGGGAGAACCAGUUGGUCAAGGUGGCAGAUUUUGGCCUGAGUCGUCUAAUGACAGGAGACACCUACACAGCUCAUGCUGGGGCCAAAUUCCCCAUCAAGUGGACAGCCCCUGAGAGCCUGGCCUACAACAAGUUCUCUAUAAAAUCAGAUGUAUGGGCUUUUGGCGUACUAUUGUGGGAGAUUGCGACAUAUGGCCUGUCUCCCUACCCGGGUAUUGACCUGUCCCAGGUGUAUGAGCUGCUGGAGAAGGACUACCGCAUGGACCGGCCUGAGGGCUGCCCAGAAAAGGUCUAUGAACUUAUGAGAGCCUGCUGGAAGUGGAACCCUGCAGAGCGUCCAUCGUUUGCUGAAAUCCAUCAAGCAUUUGAGACCAUGUUCCAAGAAUCGAGCAUUUCAGAUGAGGUAGAGAAGGAACUGGGGAAGAAAGGGAAGAAGGUGACCGUGUGCCCCAUGCCACAGGCCCCUGAGCUACCGACCAAGACCAGAACCUUCCGUAAAAACACAGACCACAAGGAUGGAGAGAGUGCAAAUGUAGUGGAGCCUGAGGUGGCUGUGUCACCCAUGCUUCCCAGGAAGGAGAGGCCAUACCUGGACAACAAUCUUAAUGAGGAUGAUCGCCUUUUACCUAAGGACAAAUCAAGGACCAGUAUCUUCAUUAGCAGUCUCAUAAAGAAGAAGAAGAAGACCGCCCCAGCGCCUCCUAAGCGUAGCAGCUCUUUCAAAGGAAUUGAUGGACCUACAGAGCGCUGGGGAGGAGCAGUGUGUCGAGGGAUAGGAGAUGCCAGAGAAGACUUAAUUAGUGGGCCUUUUCUUAGUGAUGCUGCCAGCACCUUUGACCCAAGCAAGCUUCUGAGUGCCCAUAACAAUGGUGCAGGGAGCACAGUCAAUGGGCCACCUGGCUCCCCAGGACCCUCAGGUCCAUUCCCCCCACAGCACAGCAGGAAGAAAGUCAACCCAAUGGCCUCCACUUCUGGAAUGAGAACUCUGGGUGAGGAGGACCUUUUAUCUAAUUCAAAACGCUUCCAUCGUUCCUGCUCUGCCUCUAGCAUGCCCCCUGGCUUUGACCGGACUGAGUGGAAGUCGGUCACACUUCCCCGCAACCUGCAAUCCUCUGCACAUCACUUUGACUCAAGCACACUUGGAGGACGGAAUGACAAGCCAGCACUGCCGCGCAAGAGAGCUAGUGAGCAGAAACCAGAGUCAGUUUCUCGCUCUGGCACACUUACACCGCCCCCAAGGCUCCCCAAGAAGACCGAAGACACAGUGGACGACGUCUUCAGGGAUCCUGAGUCCAGCCCAAGUUGCACUCCCCAGAACCAGAUGCUCAAAGUGAGUCUUCAACCACCGGCACAUGGUGAAUUCUCUAAAACGAGUGCCUUGCAGGCUGAGCUUCUGAAGUCCAGUGCUUUCCCAGUACUUGGGGCAGCUGGAGAAGAGUGCCGAGGACGCCGUCCAAAGAACACCCCUGAUAGCCUGGUGCCUAAAGAGAAGGGAAAGCUUCAGAAGUCAAAACCAACCCCACCUCUGCCUUCCUCUUCAAAAUCUGGAAAGGCAUCUCGGAGUCCUACCCAGGACACACCACCAGAUGCCAAAUCCAAAGCCUUUGCCCAGAGCUUUGAUCACCAUCACCUCAGCUUAACUAGUGCUGAACAGGGGAAGUCCCUUGUUUCAGUGGAAAGUGCAAAAAAAAGUCUUACUGCCACCUCCUCCAAACCACCAUCAAAGACAUCUCCAACAUCCUCUAUGUCCACCCCACCACCGGGAGGACCACAGUCUGGAUCCUCCAACAGUGAGCAGACCUCUACCACAGCAUUCAUCCCCCUCAUUACAACUCGGCAGUCUUUACGCAAAACUCGGCAGACCCAGGAGAGGCACCCUAACUCAGCCAUUACAAAGGAGAUGGUCUUGGGGGGAGCCGAGCAGCUGCGUGCUGCCAUUGAGAGGAACUCGGAGCAGACAGGCAGCCACAAUGCCGUGCUUGAGGCAGGAAAGAACUUCUCCAAAUAUUGUGUCAGCUACGUGGAAUCCAUCCAGCAAAUGAGGAACAAGUUUGCUUUCCGGGAAGCCAUCAACAAGCUGGAGAGCAGUCUGCGGGAGCUGCAGAUAUGCCCGACAGCUUCAGGUGGCGCUGCCGCACAGCAGGACUUCACCAAGCUGCUGUCUUCAAUCAAGGAGAUCAGUGACAUUGUUCAGAGGUAGCAAAAGAAUUUUGUCAGCUUUGCUAAUAUGGACAGUGACUCUUUUUUUAUUAAGAGCUCUAGGACAGAAGAGUGAAAAACAGGGACCUUGGAACUCUGACGCAAGCCUCCGAUACAUGAUCUUACUAAGCUUCCUGUUCUCACAGCUCAAAGCAAGGAUUUUGUGCACAAAUCAAAGGAUCUUAGAUGUUUGUUCCUUCCUCAAAACACUAAUACAAAUACAAAUCUUUACACAUGGUAUAACUCCAUGGAUCCAACUCUGCAUCACUUGAAUUUU